UAGACUUCUUACCGUAUUUAUGUGUCCCCAGGCCCUUGUUGACACUACUGAUCACGAAAUAUACGUCAAUUUAACAUGUUGCUACAAUGAGGAAUAUGACCGAGUAAAGGGAUCUGUUGGCACCCAGCUUGUCGGUGAAAGAGCAAAAAUUAUUCUGGAUGAAGUUCAAGCUUUAUCUCUUUUCACCCGAGCACAGUGCCUCCAACAUAUUGGGGAGCAUUUCCAACCCGUUAUGACAGGAAUGCAAAAUUGUAGUUACAAUACUGUUGCUGAUGCUGUGCUAAGAGACUACAUAUUUGUCCAUCUGGAUAACAAUCAUGAUAAAUUCAAUCUACUUAUCUUUAUGUUGCAGAAGCUUUUUUCUCUUAUAGACCAGACUUCUGUCCUGGACAAUCCAGACUCUCUGCAAAAUCAAGAAGUUUUGCUGCCGGGUCACUUAAUUACUAUUUAUCUCAAGGAAAAGCUACAAGACUGGCUGCUUAGAUUACAAAGGUUACUUCAAGAAGAAACUGAUGGUGAAAAAAAGAAGUUUGAGCUAAGUAGCUUGGCAGAUGUCAAGAAGACUAUUGAAAAAAAUGCUCCCAAACAGAUGAGCUUGGCUAUUGAGAACAUGUUAAAGACUGGGAGAUUGGUUACACAAUCAGGUCUUGACUUGCAGCAGGUAUUUAUUUAUGCUGCUUUUAUACGAAGCACCAACAACUAAGAAAUUUGCAUUUGCAACUGAUGGUUCUUCCUAACUGUCUUUCUUAUUCUUCAUAUGGCAGAACUCAAAAUUUUUGUCUUCUGAAAGGAAAACGAGUUUAAGCUUUCUUUUCUCUGUUUUAUCUGAUAACUACCAUAAGAUUCAUAUAGGAAGGCAGACCAAUCAAAAAAGAAAAAAGAGAACACAUGGGGAUACUAAAAGAAAUUGAACAGUUAAUAAUCGGUAAAAAGUUCUCACAGGAAGGAAAACCUAACAAAACUAACAGAAAAUGGAGAAAGAAUUCAAUUGAAUUACAUCUGAAGAUUCUGUUCUGUUAUGCCACAAAGCUAACAUACAUGCAGUGUUGGAUUGAAAUACUUGACAAAAGGAAUACACAGAGUGCCUUGUUGGAGAAACUACACCAAGUAGAUUGGGUACCAUAGCGAGCAAAAAGAACAUGGGCUUUAAAGAUAGUCUAUUUUUAGUGGUUUUCGUUGGGGAUCUUUACAAUUAGUCGGUCGAAUUCAUUGUUUACUUUUUCUAGCUAGUAUACAUAGAUUAUAUAAUGAUUAUACACGGUUCUACACACAUUAUAUAUGAAUUAUUAAACAAAGGGCAGUGCGGUGCACUAAGCUCCCGCUAUGCGGUCCGGGGAAGGGUUGGACCCCAAGAGUCAAUUGUACCCAACCUUACUCUGCAUUUCUGCAAGAGGCUAUUUCCACGGCUCGAACCGUGACCUCCUAGUCACAUGGCAACAACUUUACCGGUUACGCCAAUGCUCCCCUUCUGUAUAUGGAUUAUACAUAUAUUAUCUGCUGGCUAUUUUAAGUUUAAGCGCUUGGAUAGGCCGCUAUUUAAGUUUCUUUGACAGCGGAGUCUCAGAUAGAAUUCUCUUCUUCCCCGAGGGUUGGUGGAUAGAAU